CAUACAAAAAAACCGUUCCCACCGGUCCCGCGUUUUUUUCCCUCGUAAUAAAUACCCCUUAUUCACACCCACACUUCACAACUCACAAUACUCAUCUUCCACCACCACCUUUUACCUCUCUCACUCUCUCUUUCCCUCCUCCUCCAUCAACCGCCGCCAUGGCCGCCGCACCACCGCCGCUGAAAGACGAGCUCGACAUUGUGAUUCCGACGAUCAGAAACCUCGAUUUCCUGGAAAUGUGGAGGCCGUUUUUCGAGCAAUACCACUUGAUCAUAGUACAAGAUGGUGACCCUUCGAAGACCAUUAGCGUCCCACAGGGAUUCGACUACGAGCUCUACAACCGCAACGACAUUAACCGAAUCCUCGGCCCUAAGGCAUCGUGCAUUUCCUUCAAAGACUCCGCUUGUCGUUGCUUCGGCUAUAUGGUCUCCAAGAAGAAGUACAUCUUCACCAUUGAUGAUGACUGCUUCGUUGCGAAAGAUCCAACGGGCAAACAAAUCAAUGCGCUCGAACAACACAUCAAGAAUUUGUUGUGCCCGUCGACACCACUCUUCUUCAACACUUUGUAUGAUCCAUUUAGGGAAGGCGCCGAUUUCGUGCGCGGCUACCCUUUCAGUCUCCGAGAGGGGGUCCCGACAGCUGUCUCUCAUGGGCUAUGGAUGAACAUACCCGAUUACGAUGCUCCCACGCAGCUCGUCAAGCCCCGCGAGAGAAACACUAGGUAUGUUGAUGCAGUGUUGACAAUACCAAAGGGAACCCUAUUUCCCAUGUGCGGAAUGAAUCUGGCCUUCGACCGUGAUCUUAUCGGCCCCGCUAUGUACUUCGGGCUCAUGGGUGAUGGUCAGCCAAUCGGGCGUUACGACGAUAUGUGGGCUGGCUGGUGCAUCAAGGUGAUUUGUGAUCAUUUGGGAUUGGGGGUGAAAACCGGGCUGCCGUAUAUUUGGCACAGCAAGGCGAGCAACCCGUUUGUGAACCUGAAGAAAGAGUACAAGGGAAUAUUCUGGCAAGAAGAGAUUAUACCAUUCUUCCAAUCGGCCACCCUGUCGAAAGAGUCGACCACCGUGCAGAAGUGCUACGUCGAACUUUCGAAGCAAGUUAAGGAGACGCUUGGAAAAGUCGACCCUUAUUUUGUGAAGCUUGCGGAUGCAAUGGAGACUUGGAUUCAAGCUUGGGAUGAUCUUAAUCCUGCAAAGGCUAACUAAAGAAUAUUGUGCCUUUGUUUUUUUUUUUUUUUUUAAUAUUAUGUUUGAUUUUUGCAAUUUGUUUUCGGCAAUUUUCGUAUGUUAGGUGGUUAUUUUUUAUAUAUAGAGAUCCUACGAAUAAGAAGUGAGAAACUAGUUGAUUUUGGUUUG